AUGAAUUGGCGAAAAUUUUGGCUGGGAGUGAUGGACGAAAAUGCGAACGAGAUCGAAACGGAUACGAACGACGAAGUUAGUGAAAGCGACGAUGAAACUGUCUCGACGGAAAAGAGUUCCAGGAAUAUCGGUGCUUCUUCUCCUAAACUAUUUUACAAGUGGCUGCCAGAGAAAUGUCUCAAAUUCUGCUUCUUGUUGCUUAACAGCGUGGCCCUCCUCGCAGGUGCAACGGCGAUAACGAUAUCUAUCUGGAUGUUGACUGGUGCGAAUUUAACGUCUAGAUUGCUCGGUCAUCGGCUGUCCAUGACGAUUGUAUUAAUUCUAGGAGUUUUUGUGUCUUUUGUAGCUUUUACUGGAAUUGUAGGAAUCGCGAAGAAAAGAGAAUAUUUCAUGAUCGCCUACUUAAUAAGCCAAUCAAUCGGUCUCUGUGCCGUAUUUGUGUCCCUGACAAUGAGUUUCCCGUUUUUCGACAAGAUUACGAAAAAGAUUCGAGAUGACAUGUUCUACUCUAUGAAAAAUUAUCAAUCUUUAAAUUGGGCUGUAGAAGAAUGGGACAACACUCAUAGAUAUUUAAAAUGCUGUGGAAUUAGAGCAUCCAAAGACUGGUCGGAUCAUCAAAUAAGCAUUCCGCAAAGUUGUUGUUCUACAUCAAUUAAACAGUGCCUGCACAUGACAGAGGACGUGUCUUAUAAAUCUGGAUGCUUAAAAGGGGCCGUAGUGCUAUUAAAAUCGUACGUUCAGACCGCCUCUAUUUCCACGCUUGUCAUAUUUCCACUUCUGUUAAUUAGCGUGCUUUUAGCGCUCAGUUUACGAAAGGGAUUGAAGACGAAUCGUUCGACGAGGGACGAAGCGAUCUAUUUGUGA